AUGCCACCGAGGAAAAAACCUAAUAAUGUCAACGUCGCACAACCUACCGGUUCCGUGACCCCUCACACUUUAUCUUCAACAGGAGGUUCAGGAUCAAGACCUCGUAAAUCGGCAAAAGCGGGUAAUGGUUGGACUAUGGAACAUACUUAUGAUUCAGUGGGAAGACAGAAAGAAAUAAUAGUCAUUGAUGAUUCUCAAACACCAGAAGUUCCGAGAAAAAGGACGAGGGCGCAAGUAGCAGCGGAAGCCAAUGCGAUCAAUAGUGCCAACGCUAGCCAUGCUGGAUCGAGUAAAGGUGUGACCAAUGGACAUAGUAUCAAUGGUUCUGCCAGUAUGUUGGGAAGUGGAAAGAAAAGAAAGAUUGAUGAAGGAUCAGAAGUGGGGAGUAUCAAGAAGGCCAAGGCUAAGCAAUCAGGAACCGCUGCGAGUAUAAUACAACAAGCUCAGAAACCAGCCAGCAGUGUGCAAAGUAAUGGGACUGUGGCUUGGGACGACGCAGAGGGUCAUUAUAUCGUCAAACCAGACGAUGUCAUUGCGAACAAAUACAAAAUAGUCAGGCUUUUAGGACAAGGAACAUUCGGCAAAGUGGUCGAAGCUCGACAUAUGGAAACAAGACGAAGGGUCGCCAUCAAAAUCAUAAGAGCUGUGCAAAAGUAUCGUGAUGCCAGCAAGAUCGAGAUACGUGUGCUUGAGACGCUAAAGAGGCAUGAUCCGGGGAAUGUCAACAACUGCAUCCAUCUCGAAGAAUACUUUGAUUUCCGAAAUCACCCAUGUCUCGUCUCUGAACUAUACGGCAUGAGCGUAUUCGAUUUUCUGAAACAAAACGCCUUUCAACCCUUUCCAGAGAGACAUAUACAAGAUUUCGCAAAAAGUCUUCUUCAAAGCGUAGCAUUCUUGCAUCGACUGAAGUUGGUUCAUACGGAUCUCAAACCGGAGAAUAUAUUGUUGGUGAGCAACGAAGCGAGAUUACAAGGUCCCAGGCGAGCAGGGGCAAAAUCUAGAUCCGUCUUACGGAAUACGGAUAUAAGAUUGAUCGAUUUUGGUAGUGCGACAUUUGAGAAUGAGUAUCAUUCUUCUGUCGUUAGCACACGACAUUAUCGAGCUCCAGAGAUAAUACUGGGUCUCCCUUGGUCAUACCCCUGCGACCUCUUUUCAAUAGGUUGUAUCCUAGUCGAAUUCUUCACCGGUGACGCUCUUUUUCAAACUCACGACAAUCUAGAACAUCUAGCAAUGAUGGAAACGGUAAUGUCUCCCAUGCCAAAUCGUAUGGUAGAUAGAGGAAGAUCAAAAAAACCAGAAUAUUUCAAAGGUAACAAACUUGAUUUCCCAAAUCCAACAGUUUCAAGAUCAUCUAGGAAAUUUGUAAAAUCUUUAAAACCUUUAAAAGAGAUUAUUCCACCGACUUCUCAACAUAAUAAUUUAUUCCUUGAUCUUAUCGUUAGGUUAUUAGAUUUCGAUCCUGAUUCAAGGAUUUCAGUAGGGGACGCUUUGAGACAUCCUUAUUGUCGAUUGAAUAUACCUGAACCGGUAUAA